UCAUUUGCGCUGACAGGAGACAAACUGCGGGGAUUUUCGGUCAAACAGAAAACAUCUCCACUCUGAUUUUCUCUUUCACUUUUUGCGCGCUAACAUCAGGAGCUGCGCGUGGUUCGGUGCAGAUGUGGUUUGGUUUGCGGGAUCCGCAGGUUUUGCGCAUCAGUUGCGCCGUCGCUCGGUGUGAAACUGGGAUCCUCCUCCUCCUGCUGGCCGCCGGCCAGGCCGGGAACAAGUGCGCCUCCCUCUGCUGCUGCUCGCCCUAUUCAUGGUCCCGGGUUUGGCGCUCGGCUGUUUUAAAAAGGCUCCGCAGGUCUGCAGCUGAUCAGUCUGCUGAGGAAAACUGCUGCUGCUGCUGGAGAAAGUCUGCAGGAGUCCAACAGGAAGGAGAAGCUGCGCAGGACCGCCGCUGCUGCUGCUUUGGUUUUUUACUCAUAGAGAGAAAAAAAAACUCCUGAAGCCCAGAGAGAACUCCUGCUGUUCAUGACGGGUUUACUGGAGAGCUGCACUCCUGGAUAAACUGUGAGAAUCGGAUUAUCUGCGCUGAGUCGGGCUGUCCGUCAGACCUGGACGGACUGAAGAUGUUCCUGAGCUGCUGCCUCCUGCUCACCAUCAUCCUGGGGCUCUCCCGCUGCUCGGCCUCCUACGUGCCCUGCGAGCCGUGCGAUGACAAGGCGCUGUCCAUGUGCCCGCCGGUGCCCGUCGGCUGCCAGCUGGUGAAGGAGCCGGGCUGCGGCUGCUGCCUGACCUGCGCGCUGGCCGAGGGUCAGGCGUGCGGCGUCUACACGGGCACCUGCACCAAGGGGCUGCGCUGCCUGCCGCGCAGCGGCGAGGAGAAGCCGCUGCACGCCCUGCUGCACGGCCGCGGCGUCUGCACCAACGAGAAGGGCUACAAGUCCGCCGCCGCUGGAGCCGCGACCGGAGAUCGGGAGACGCGGGUGGACGUCGACAUGACUCCGGACGUCACGGGCGUGGUGCAGCCGGCCAAGGUGCCGCUGCAUCCCAAAGACAUCGUGAACAGUAAAAAAGUGAUCGCAGUGCGCAAAGAGCAGAAGAGGAAGCUCGGCAAGCAGCGCUCCUUCAGCCCCAGCAUGGAUUAUUCCCCCAUGGACAUCGACAAGCACGAGCCUGAAUUCGGUCCCUGUCGGAGGAAACUGGAUGGGAUCAUCCAGAAAAUGAAGGACACUUCUCGGGUCAUGGCGCUGUCUCUGUACCUUCCCAACUGUGACAGGAAAGGGUUCUUCAAGCGCAAACAGUGCAAGCCGUCUCGCGGCCGCAAGCGGGGCAUCUGCUGGUGCGUGGACAAAUACGGCGUCAUGCUGCCGGGGACGGACUACAGCGGGGGGGACAUUCAGUGCAAAGACCUGGAGAGCAGCAUCAACGAGUGAAAGCCCCGGCCCCUCUCCCCCGCCCCCAUAACCGUCACAUUACCCGGGGCCCACGCAUCUUCUCUGAGUCAAACCUGUAUGCUCCGCCUUCUGUUCACACCAACAACCUGUUUUAACCAGAGACACUAAGAUAAAGCACUAUUCUCUGAUUAAGGAGGCCACGUCGGAUCCCCCACCUCUUCAUUUGACUGUAAAAAAUUCACCACAAGAAGGAGGACAAAACUGACCCAGCUGUGUGUCGUGGGACCGAGAAUUGGCUGAGAAAUUUUUCUGGGGGUUUAUCAGAGCACUUAUAGAAAGGGGAUCCUGUUUAGAAACCUGUGUGAAAGUGUGACGCGUUGGUGUGUUACAGAGUGAGCCUAUUUCAGAACCAGCAGCAGAACUUUGCGUUUCCUCCUCUUUUGUUCGACCGUCGCCAACCCGACGGCCCUUCCUCUCCAACGCAGCGAACGUCUUUGGGACUCGGAGCGUUCAGACGGUCGCAGACGAACACGUGAGCGGCUCUUCGACCACGUAGCUAGCCUGACAUGCCAACUGUGCCUAUGAAAGCUGCCGGGCGGGGCGCGGCGCCACGCAGCUCCGCUGGUCAAAUCAAAGACUCUCAGCUUCAGCGACGGGAAGCACGCUUGAUUUUUCCGAGUUGGGAUUGCUUUUUUCGGGGGCGGGGGAUCAACCUUGCUGAUCGGGGCGGUUUCCUCUCCAACUGACUCUUUUUUUCGUGGUUUUAUUUGUGAUUUCUUUGCCUUCAGUGAAGUAAAAGAUCGUCCUAUGUUUUGAGCCAUGUUUCUCCGUCAGUACAACAUAUUCAUGGUGUAUUACUUUUAAAUAUUCUUUGAGGGUUUUUCCUGUAGAGAAAAGCUAGAUCAUGUAAAGAAAACAAAGACUCUGCCUGUAAAGAAUUGGAAAGUGUCCUGUUACAGCAGCUCACAGGGCAGUGGGAGUACAAACUGCCUCGUCUCUCAGCUUUCUGCCUUUUUCUCAGCGGAGCGCCGUGAGAACAUGACAUGAGCAGGUCUCCGGACCCGGUUUCUCCUCUCUGUGCCUUCCUACAAACAGACUUAAGCACUGGUGUGAAAGCGACACCAGGGGGCGAUAUUCAGGACGAGCUUCAAGGCUAACGGAGAAGAACCAUGAAUGUGGUCGGUCCCUUAAAUUCAGUCCAGCUCCGUUUGUCCGCGUUGUUUCAGAACCUCCUGCUCUUCCUUUGACUUAAUAAGCUAAGAUUCUCACUUUUUCUGUUUUAUUGUGAAUGCCAACGAUUGACGAGGAGUUAGACGGGAAGCUGAGGAAUGUUGGGAAGUUGCUUGUUCUGCGAAUGCGAGAGGGAAUGCUGAGCAAAGAUCCCCAGUCGUUCCUUUUACUUCUGCUUUUAAACAAUCUCUUUCCAUCUUUAAACUGGUGUUAUUGAACGGUUCUCCGCUACCUGAAGGGUUCUCAUUGUGUUUUAUGACGGACUUUAGUUGCUCGAUGUUUUAUAUUUCAGCCGUCUUCUAAUCAUUCAGGUCUAACAACAAAAAUAACAGUUUGACAUGCAGAAAAUAGUUGAUGUACAGAUUUGGCGCUACAAAGAGCUAGUUCUGCAAACAUAGAAGCGCUACAUCAUCAUGCUAGUUAGCAGAGGCUAAUGCUAAAGUGCUACCUUCAACUCAAAUUACAUCGACCCUUGGAAGACUGCAAUCCUCUGGCACCAAUUUAAUUUUAAAAUGUUCCACGUUGCCAUAAGAUUGUGGAACAGCGAUUGUUAAAAAAGAAAGAAAACUGAAGUGCUGCGUAACAGUCUUUAUUCACUUCAAAAUAAAAGCCUGAAUACUUGAAGAAUACGAUAAUCAAAACUUCAACAUAAAUGUCCAACUUUAUUCAACUGAAAGUUUACAGAUCAAUCAAGUAAAUUAGUAUUUUAUGAUGAACCCAAAAACUUUCACCUAAAGGAAUCUAAGUACGCUAAAACGCUACAUCAUCAUGGUAUUUAGCUGAAGCUAAUGCUAAAGAACGUGACAGAAGAGUUAGCCGAUAUCCAAAAUUUCAACAAAGAUGUUGAACCUUAUUCACGUAAAAGUUUAGAAAACAGUCAAGUUAGAAUUAAUCUAAGGGAAGAUAAGUGUGCUAAAUAUUUUCAAAGCACUAUUUCUGCUAGUGCUAAAGCUAAUGCUAAUCCGCUUACUUGAAAUGAUAAAAAAAUAAACGUCUAAGUAUUUAAAGAGUUCUUAACAGUUGAUUACCAAAACUUAAUUAAAAAGGUAAAUUAACUCUUCAAUUUAUUGAAAAGCAUCAGUUUAGGGGAAGCUAAGUGUGCUAAAUGUUCUCUGUUAGCUAAAGCACUAAGCUAAAAGUUAGCUCUACUAUUAGCAGAAAUAUGCUAAAGGAGAUCACAAGAUAUUUUCCAUUUAAAACCCAUUUAAAGGUGCACAUUAGUGUCCAUUGAUUGAAUUUAAUCAACCCAGUAAUUAUGAACUCGAUUGAUAAAGGAGCUAAAAUCCAAAGAGAAACGUCAGAAAACUGGAAGAUCUGCUGAUCAAAGCCAGCAUUAGCAUUAGCAGAACAUUUGACUGUUUGCUAGCAAAGUGUUAAAAAACGAGGAGUGGUUUAAAACUUUUGCACAGCACUAUACCAGUGGAAUCACGUUAAGCAAAGCAACUUGCCCUUAUUUUUCAAACUCACAGUAGAUCCUGAUGCACGACGACGAUCCUGAGGUCGGCAGAGACUAAAGUCUGGCGAACUUUCCUUUCUGAAGCCGCGUUUCGAGUUAAAGUGACAGGGGCCGCUGACGCCCAAGCCUGGAUUCAGAUGCAGCAACGACUCUUUGGGUUUGGAGACGCUGCGCCGAGACAGAGAGGAUGAGGAGGAGGAGGAGGAGAAGGAGGAGGAAGAGCGAGUGAGCGCCGUGGUCGCUACCAGGCGUUAGCCACGGCCCCCGAUGAGGGAGUCACCGAUUUCACCGCUUAGAUCCAGUUAGAGACAGAAACAGGGAGUUCUGGGAAACGUCCCGUCUCCAGUUGGUUUAAACUCAUUAUUCAGUAGCACAGUUAGCAGCACAGCUUGUUAGUUCAGAGUACAUAACAGAUUUUUGGUGGUAAAGACAAUCGGGUUUUCGUAAUUUGGUGUUCUGAGACAGACCCAUCGGUGGCAGCGGGAAAUAUUGGUCAGUAUUUGGAGCGACAGAUUAAAAAAAAAAAAACUGAAAAAAAUCUCAAAUUAUAAAAGUGAAUAUCACUGUGUAAUAUUUAUUCAACUUGUAAUUUAUGUACUCUUAACCUUUGUCUUUUUUGUAAUGACAAAGCAUUUAUUUAAAUAAAGUUAUGUAUUCAUUUAAA